AUGGUGACGAAAGGGAACGUCGAUCACCGCGGAAUUACACCGCACGUGGUCUUCUCGACUACGCAGACGCCCCCGAGCGAAGCGCACAACCCCAUAGUAACGUGCAGCCAGCCUGUCACGUGCGGGUUCUGCAACUCUACGAACCUCAUGUGGGUGCUCCGCUGCUCGUUCUGUGGCUCUGCGCGGAUGAGCGACGCACCCCGGCUGAAAUACCUGAUUGACAUGAUCUUGAGCAUUGAUCCACGGAUCAAGGCAGACAAGCUAGCCAAGCGAAUUCUCGACUAUGCCAAGUUCGAUCGAGUCGCGAUGCGGGUGGAGGCGACCUUCAAGCAAGCUGGCCUCGUUCGCGCCAAAGCUGCGAUCAUGAUGAUGAACCGCACGGUGCUGAUGCUCCGGUUUCAGAUCAUGCGAAUGAUCUUCGUGGCGUGGAAGAAGGCCAACGCGAAUGCUCAUCGGCAGGACGCCAACAUCCAGCGUCUGUUAUUCAUCAAGGAAUCACAAGCAAACCACAAAUUGAAGCAGGACGUGUUCUCAGUGUGGAGAGGAUACGUAGCGCGAGUGACAGACGAGAGAGUGCAGCGUUUUCAACUGGCCUGCAAGAGGACUGAGAUGACAAGGUUGCGGCGAAUUUGGGGGAGUUGGCGGUCGUUCCUUCAAAUUCGAAGUAAAGAGAAGCUUCAGGAACUGCGUCGUCACUAUGAAGAAGAGCUACAAGAUACACCGCACGAAGCCCAGAAGGAAAUCGAUCGACUCAAAGAAAUCCAGCAGGAAAUGCUGAAGAUGGUAUACACUGCUGGCGACUCCAUUCUGGAGCUGCUCCACGUUUCUCUUCGAAAAGCCGAUCACAGCGUUCAAAAAACGCUGCAGCUUAUUCAAAUGUACCCCACCACAGCGGGCGCGUUCUUCGAAGGUGCUCAUGGUCAUGAGCUGCUCGAUGCGUUGAGCAGCGGGCAUGCAAUGCCUCAAAUCGACGGAUUCGGUCUUGACGACGAGAAGGACGACGAAACAAUGAGGAAACUCUUGGAUAACACGAUCGAGAAAAUCGAUAGGUCUCCACCGUCAGAUAGUCUGAUUCAAUGGCUGAAUUUCCAGCGCCGACGAGGGGCUGAAAUGGGGCCUGUGAGCGAUACGAGUGACACUAAAGCCAUCGCGGACACGAACAAAGGAGCGACUGGGGACAGAACAACCACCGCACCGGAAAAACCAUCGAGUGCCAAAGCCACGAAGCUCCGAUUAAAGGAGAAGAAGAAGGAGCUCAAGCCUAUCAAGUUCUUGCAAGAUUUAAGAACCGUCAUCGCCAGUCCUGGCGUCAUGCUCAAGCUACUGAUACACACGUCGGCGGAAGCUCAGGUUGAGUACGACCGGAUCCGAAGCACGGAAUUAUCUAACACGGCUGCAUCUUUAGCAGCCGAAAGCUCGACCACAGCAACAACGCUCUCACCUUCUGCACAAGUUCAGCUGAGGUCAUACUUCAAGAUUGUGCCGAGGAUACUGAACCUCCCGCCCGACAUCGUUACUCGCGACAGCUUCGUGUUGAACGAUUUUGAUUCACUGUAUGCCUACGCAGUGUACCUGUAUCUCUUCCACCCGAACUACGUCGCGCCCGGGAUGGAGCUCUCUCCUAGGUAUCACCUCAGCUACUCGUUCCUGACCCCACAGUGGCAGAAAGUCAAGACUUCUCUGCUAGAAAACGAGUGCGACCCGUUCGCGCAGCAGCAGUUCUACAUUUUCUUGACAAAACUGAAGCGCAUCAACCUGCAGUUCCUUCGGUUUAUCGGCAUCUGCAAGUCUGUCCGGCAUAUCGCGAGCUGGCACGAACGUGCAGUCACUCGAGAGGCUUUCAAUGACUUCUCCAGGAGGGUACUGGGCAAAGACUCUAACAUUUCGGUGGCCUUGGAGAAAGAAACGUUGGCAUCGUGGGUCUCGCUACCACCGUCGAAGCUGUUGUCACUCUGCGAGAGCGAGGACGAGUUCCGUAAAAUUGAGCAGGUGUACAAGGAUAACGUGCUGGACUUGAUCAAAAUCUUCCGCAUCUACGGCAGUGCCGCUGGUGGGAAGGGCAUUCUGGAGCAGGAGUUCUUGAAGGUGAUGACCAAGGCCGGCGUCACCAACAAGAAGAACAUAUUGCGGUCUCACUUGCAGAUGAUCUACCAGCAGUCUCGCCAGUCAAACGGAGGGGUCCCGCUGGAUAAUUCCAACCCAGGGGAAAGUUUCCUUACCCCAGGGCUGCCUCCUGGUGCUGAUGGCGAUGACGAUCCGGAGGAUCGAGGCGCAACCCCCAACGAGUUCUUCGAAGCGCUUACCCGUGUGGCACACCACAACUACCAAAAACGCCGUGAAUUCAUGGGCCAGAUCGCUACGAUGAUGAAUAUGGGCGACGAGGUUGCGGCCGAGACUGUGAGCGGGGCGGGAUCCCUCCUCACGUGUGUCGUUGAUCUUGUAGUCGACAAGGUCGUGCCAUUGACGAAGAAGUUCCAGGAGCAAGGACUGACCUUCAAGAAGCAAAUGAUCCACCCGGACGUGCAGCAUGUCUGCAAGGCCCAAGAGAGAAAGCUCAAGCGGAUUUUCAACACGUACUCGCAGAGGAACAAGAACCCUCAGUCUCGUGGGAAGCUGCUGGAUCUGAGCGACUUUGAGAGUUUGCUGAAGGAUCGACGGCUCAUUGACGCGCUCUUCCCGCACGGCAAAAUCAAGCAGCUUGUUGCGUUCGUGCAGCAAGACGGGGAUGUCAACACCGCCUCGAGCAUCAAUGGGUACGAUGCCGACAGCGAGUUUGUCUUCUCCGAGUUCGUCGAGGCGCUGUCGGCUAUCGCAGUUUACCGCAAUGCCAACCCUUAUCUACCGUUUUCAAAGAAGCUGGAAACCUUCUUCGAGGAGUACUUCUAA